AUGCAACGUAAUUCUGAACUUUUUUCCGCUGUGUGCACUGAAAAACACCUCAGCACAAACCCAGCCAGAUUAUGUGAAAAUACACACAAUUCUCCAAAUGCAGAUAAUGGUCCAGAUCCCACAAAAACAAAAAUAGUUAAAAAUCAACAAACCCAAGAUUCCAGUGAAGUCAACAAACUUGAUGAGUCAAAUCAUGGAGACAAUACUCAGAAGGAGGAUUCUAAGGGAAAAGUGGUUGCGGCCAAGAGUGGGAAGCAGAAUCUACUUGAUCUUCUGGGAGCUAUGAAGGUGGACGUCACCAGUAAGAGGAGGCUACAAAAUGUCAAACCUAAAUCUACACCUGUAGAAGAUAUGGAGAGCACCAUUAGCAUGUUUCAGAAGGCUUCAGAAGAUGCUUCAACACAGACACAAAGUUUGGAUCCAGAACUUCUCUCGGCUGCCUCUGCUGCUGCUUCCACUUUUCCUAAUCGCAUCCUGGCAGAAUCUGAGCUGCUCAAGCAGCUGAGGAAGCAUGAGGCCAUCACUGAGGCUCACAAGAAGGGUGACAUAAAUGAUCUCGGAGUGAUUAUAGCUGACAUGAAAGUGGGAAGAAAAAACAAUCGAGAAAAUGCUUGGCCAAGCAAUCAGAUCCGGUUCGAUGAUGAUGGGCAGGGCUACACACAAGGUGGAGGAAUCACUGCAGAACUGAACCGUGUUCGCAGAAAGAGGAAAUUGUUCACAGGUAGAAGACUAAACAUCUUCUCUUCAACGGCUAAUGAAGAUGAAGCAGUUUCAACAUUUGCUCGACCAACACUGUGGGACGCCGACUUUGCGGAACAGCUUGCUUCUGCUGCCAACCAAAUGCCCCGAAAUGCCUUUGAGGAAAUGAUCCAGUGGACCAAAGAGGGGAAAAUGUGGCAAUAUCCAAUUGAUAAUGAAGCAGGCCUGGAAGAGGAGGCAAGCAUUCCUUUCCAUGAGCAUGUCUUCCUGGAUAAGCACUUGGAGGAGGGCUUCCCUAAGCAAGGGCCAGUUAGGCACUUCAUGGAGUUAGUGGUGACUGGUUUAUCCAGAAAUCCCUAUCUGACCGUCCAGGAGAAGAAGGAGCACAUUUCCUGGUUCAGAGACUACUUCAAUCAAAAACAGGAUGUUCUCAAAGAGGCUGAAGGUUACGCAAAUUAA